AUGAAAGAGAUUAUCUCACUAACUCUGCCGAAUUUUCCAUCCAGCGAAGUCACUUUACGGCACAAUUCAGUAACAAUUAGCGAUGCACUUAAAAAAUUUCAAAAAUUUGCGGGUUUAAAACCAACCGGCAAAUUAGAUGCAGCAACUAUGAAGAAAAUGCAGCAAAAGCGUUGUGGUCGCCCAGAUGUCAUAGCAUUACGACAAAAAGGUAAGUAUAAAUGGGCGAAGAGUGAUCUAACCUAUUCAAUCGAAUCAUUAACAAGCGAACUAUCUGAGAGUGAAGUGAGAGAUGCACUCAAAAAGGCGUUUGAUACGUGGUCAGCCGUGACACGUAUAACGUUAAAUGAAAUAUCCGAAAAGGCUGACAUAACAAUUGCUUUUGCAAGACGUAUGCACAAUGACCCAUGGCCUUUUGAUGGAGAAGGUGGUAUACUAGCACAUGCGACACUGCCAUCUUCCGGUAUUCUUCAUUUUGAUUCAGACGAGAAAUGGGUUUAUAUGAAUUCAGAUGCCAUUUCAAGAUAUGAUACUACGGAUGUACUACAAGUAGCAAUCCAUGAAAUUGGACAUGUGCUAGGUCUCGAGCAUUCUGCAGAUUCUGAUUCCAUUAUGUUACCAUUCUAUCGCGACACAGUUGACAAUCGUGGAAAUUACAUCACACCCAAAUUGUCUGCAUCAGAUGUUAGAAACAUACAGUAUCUUUAUGGAAUAAAUGAUAAAGAAACAAAUCAAAGAGGUCAAACAACAACAACAACAAAGUAUGGUUCUAAUUUUGGAACUGAUUCAUCGAAUGAUGACAAUGAUUUCAACAGUGAUAAGAAAAUAGAUGUCAACUGUCCGGAUGAAGUUGAUGGUAUCAUUACAACGGAUGGUUCAAAUUAUUUGUUCAGCGGUAACAAAGUAUAUGAAUUUGAUCGUUCAGGGGUUAAAAAAGAAUAUUUGUUGAAGAAUCUCUUCCCAAAUGGACCUCCGUUCGUUCAAGGCGCAUUAUCGAAUUCACGUACGGAUAAGACGCUUCUAUUUCACGGAAAAAUGGUAUAUUCAUAUUUGAAUUAA